UCAGGUGAGUACUUUUCGUGUAUGUGUUUAUAUGCUGUUAACUCAUAUAACUUGCGAUCAUAAUUCCUUUAUAUGGAGCUGGAUUUUGCCUCUUUAUUUUAACAUAACAAGCUUCACGAAAGAGUUGUGACACCAUUUAAAGAAAGUUACUGUGAUAAAGCCGUCUCUUGGUAGGUUUUUCAAAACUUGAGUCUUUCAGGUUGUUAUAAUGGCAGAGCCCUCAAAAGUCAUUCAUGUUCGUAACGUGGGUCAUGAAAUCUCAGAGAAUGACUUGCUCCAGCUUUUCCAGCCAUAUGGGGGGGUCAACAAGCUUGUUAUGCUUCGAGCAAAAAACCAGGCUCUCGUCCAAAUGCAAGAUAUUCCUGCAGCAGUAAAUGCAUUGCAAUUUUAUGCUAAUGUUCAGCCGAGUAUAAGUUCCAUCUAUCCGUUUUCGUUUGUCUUUCUGUAUUCUUUUCUAUUCAUUUCCUUCUCCUCUCUCUGCUGUCUCUGUGCUGGUUUGCUGUUGGGAUCUUCUCUCUCUGUUCUGUGUGUAUGCUGGUCUGCUGUUCGGCUGUCUCUGGAUAUCAAGCCUAACCGAAUCCUUUUAGUUACAAUACAUCACAUGCUCUAUCCUAUAACUGUGGAAGUGCUGCAUCAAGUUUUUUCUCCUCAUGGGUUGGUAGAGAAGAUUGUCACCUUUCAGAAGUCGGCUGGUUUUCAAGCUCUUAUUCAGUAUCAAUUGCAUCAGAGUGCUAUUUCUGCUAGAAACUGUCUGCAGGGACGUAAUAUUUAUGAUGGUUGCUGCCAGCUAGACAUUCAAUUCUCAAAUCACCGAGACUUUUCUUUCUCCAGCCUUGAUGAAUUGCAAGUGAACUACAAUAAUGAGCGCUCUAGGGACUUUACAAACCCUUCCUUGCCUUCAGAACAGAGGGGCAAAUCCUCUCAAAUGGGCAAUGCAGCUGCUAUUGCUGCUGCAUUUGGGGGAAGCUUGCCACCUGGUAUAACUGGUGCAAAUGAUAGGUGCACUAUUCUUGUAUCUAAUUUGAAUCCUGAUAGAAUAGAUGAGGAUAAGCUUUUCAAUCUGUUCUCAAUAUAUGGGAAUAUUGUUAGAGUCAAACUGCUUCGGAAUAAACCAGAUCAUGCGUUGGUACAAAUGGGUGAUGGCUUUCAGGCGGAGUUGGCUGUGCACUUUCUAAAGGGUGCCAUGCUGUUUGGAAAGCGUUUGGAGGUGAAUUUCUCAAAGCAUCCGAAGAUAACUACUGGAGCGGAUACCCAUGAGUACCUCAAUUCAAAUCUUAACCGUUUCAACCGAAAUGCAGCCAAGAAUUACCGUUAUUGUUGUUCGCCAACCAAAAUGAUCCACAUCUCCACUCUCCCACAGGAUGUUACUGAGGAGGACAUAAUAAAUCACCUGGAAGAGCAUGGAACAAUUGUUAAUACUAAACUCUUUGAGAUGAACGGAAAGAAGCAGGCUCUCGUCCUUUUUGAAAAUGAGGAGCAGGCUACAGAAGCACUUGUGUGCAAGCAUGCUACUUCCCUUGGCGGCUCAAUCAUUCGCAUUUCCUUCUCUCAGUUACAAACCAUAUGAGUGAUGGAAUUGAAAAGAGGACAUUGUGAACCUGCCUUUUUCGUCAUGCUCUAUCAGAAAUAACUGGCUGCGGAUUGCACUGUGUGCAUACAGUGACUACACUGUAAUUCUGUAACCGAUUUUCGUUAAUUUAGUUUCUUGUCCUUUUUGAAUUUUGUAAUUUCAUGCUAUCACUGACUUUAUACAUUAGAACUGUCUUUAUCGUGACAUUAUCUUUAGUAAACAUGUCCAUUUUGUUUUGGUACAGAGGAUCGACUGAAUGUUUUGGUAUUGAGGAUCGAACUUUAACAUUGAGAUCAGAUACUUUGAGGAAGUCAAUCAACUUUUAAAAAUGAAUGAUGCUAACAAGUAAUAAGUGAAACUUUAGAACAUGUCCAGUAUUGAAGAGAAGUUGGGGGAAUAAUUAUUUUAAUAGCUAUGUAAUGUAAUGGUAACAUCAUUGUUGUGUUAAGUCAACAUUCUCCAGUGUGAGUGAGAUGAGA